AUGUCAUUUCGAUCAUGGCGUCACUUCCAAUUUUUUGAGAGUAUUCCAGUUCGAGACCCGAAGAUAGGAAGCGAAAGACCCUUUUUUUCAGACCCCACACUAAGUGCUGUGUGUCCGCUCGAAAACGAGAGGCUCAUUAUCGCAGUGCAGUCGAGAGUGCUACGUGUGGUCAAUCUGAAAACAUUGGAAACUGAACUGGAGUUCGAGGCAUAUUCUGAGGGGUUUCAAGUGACAUAUUUGUAUGCUGUAAAAGAUACCUACGCGGUGAGCGUCGCGGAACAGGUUGGUAAGCCUUGCUCCUUGAAGCUGUGGAAAUUAGAUAAGCGGCCCCGAAACGAGUUUGAUUCACACAGCGUCAUUGAGGUGAAGAACGGGAAAAACACAUUUCCGCUGUCUGCAAUCGCGAUAUCGAAAGAAUUGGACUGCUUAGCGGUCGGCUUUGUCAAUGGACGGAUAGUUUUAGUAAGAGGCGAUAUCGUGCAUGAUCGAGGCUCAAAACAGAGAAUAAUAUACGAGGACCCUAAUAAAGAGCCGAUUACAUCAUUGAUCUUUGACCGUGACAACCAGAAUUGUUUUGUGUCAACAACCUCCGCUCUGCUUCUUUUCAGUACCACUGGAAGAAACAACGGCAGGCCCGAUCUAACACUAAAUCCCGAGUCGGGUGUGGAUCUCAACUGUAGCUGUGCUAGCAGUGACGGUCGGGAGUUCAUUUGCUGUUUCACAAACUCGAUCGAUUUCUACAAAUCCACCGGUGAGAAGCAGUCUUUGGUCACGGAUCUGUCCAUGAUCAAGCGAAUAUUUGCCAUUGACAAGGAUCAUCUGCUGAUUCUUUCAGGUGUUCAGGCGUCUAAUAAUACCGCCCUACAUGCUCUAAAAUCCGCCGCUCCAAGCAACAGAGCUGUGAUUAUCGACAUACGAAACAAGCUCAUUGUCAUGAACAGCUUGGUGAGUGGGAAUGUGCUUGAAAUUUUCACAAUGGAACUGGCAGGUGAACAUUCAGCCAUGCUGCUGACAUCUGAUGGUAUAAUGCACAAACUGAGCGAGAAAUCAAUAUCAGAAAAGCUUCAGAUUGUGGAACAAAAAGAGCUUUUUCAAAUAGCGCUUGACAUUGCACAGCAAAGCAAGCUCAGUGCGCUCAGAAUUGAGGAAAUAAGAAAAAACUACGCCGAGCAUCUUUACAAAACAGGGUCGAAAGCAGCCGCAAUCGAUCAAUAUCUACAAUGUCUGAACGUUACAGAAACGAGCGAAGUCAUUGCCAAAUUUGGAGUUGAUAGCUCCUCGAGCUCUGAGGAUGUAUCAAACUUAUCGUUCUAUGUAUUCUCAAUGAUACAGAAGGGCAUGGGCACUUUCGACCAUGUAACGCUAUACAUCAUAUCAUUGAUAAAGCUCAAAGAUGAACAGGGUUUGGUGCACUUUUUAAAUCACUUCAGCAGGAAUGGGCGUUACUUGGAGCAUGAAGAGCCAGAAGAAGACUGGAUGGAAGAUGACGAGUCCUAUUAUUACUCGGACACAAAUCUCUUCGAUUUGGAGUUGAUAUUAAGACUGUUGCUGGAUUCUGGGUUUGCCUUACAAAGCUAUAGGUUUGCUCGAAAGUUCUCAAAAAGUCCUGAAACUGUUGUUGAUAUUCUCAUCGAUGACCUUCAUGAUCCUCACUUAGCACUGAAAUAUACUAAAAGUUUACCUGUUGAUGACACACUGCGGGUUCUGAUCGCCUUUUCCAAAAAGCUGCUCGAGUUGUUACCGAAUGAUACGAACGCCUUGCUAAUUGAACUCUUCACGGGAAAAUACCAGCCGACAAAGUUCAAGGAUUCGAGUGAAAAAGACACUUUGCACAAUGAAAAGAUGGAUCACAGCGUUUUUUACAGUUAUAACUCAUUUCUGGACUUUAUGAUUGGUGCUUCGAACUCCAAGAAUCCCGGAGUAGACUCGAGUGUCCCAACUUAUCACCCGCCUCGACCUGCCCUCAUUUUCACAUCCUUCAUCCAUCAACCUUUUGAAUUCGUCGUCUUCUUAGAGGCGUGUUUGGGAAGUUAUAACGAGUUCAGUGGCUUUGACCAUGACAAACAGGUUAUUUUGACGACACUUUAUGAUGUUUAUUUAUCGCUGGCCAAAGACGACGUAAAAAGCCGCCAGACGGAAUGGAAAGAGAAGGCACAUGCCGUUUAUCAAGAGAGCGUUAAGCUAGUAAAACGUAGCCAGUCGACUAAUGGAAUGAUGCCUUCGGAGAAAGCCGCCAAAACCGUGGAUAAUUCUUUGAUGAUGCUUAUCUCGCAAGUCAAUGACAUCGAUCUAUCCGAAGAGGAGGAUGACUCCACUUCGAUUAAUCAAAAACACAAAUUCGACAAAGCGGAUUUGACCUAUAAAUUUGAGGCGUUGUCUUCAACAAGCGAUGCCAAGACAGCUCUACAAUUCAUUGAACGAUACGGAGAACAAGAGCCAAACCUGUACUCUAUGGGACUAGCUUAUUUCAUCAGUUCUAAAAGCACAAUGAAAGAAAUAGGCGGAGAAACUGUUUUCAAGAACAAGGUUUUGCGCAAAGUUUUGGACCUUGAUCUGAUGCCAUUACUUGAUGUUUUGCAGAUUUUGGGGUCGACCAAUGUUGCCACCUUCGGGCUCAUUCAAGAAACACUGAUUGACCAUAUCAGAUCAGAGAAUCAAGAAAUUAAUAAUAACAAGAAGCUCAUCGAGUCUUACGAAUUGGAGCUCACCGAAAAGAAUGACAAGCUAAAAUCGCUGACAGAGGAGAAAACCCCCCUACAGAUUCAGCUCAAAGACCAGGAUUGUAAUACCUGUCAUAUGAAAAUAAUGCCACCAAUUGUGUUUUUCAAGUGCAACCAUGUCUACCACCAAAGCUGUUUAAAUGAAGAAGACCCUUCAGGCUUGGACGGCAAGCAUUUUCGAUGCCCGCAGUGUAUGGUUGAUUACGAAACUACUGUCGGCAUGAAACAAUCACAACUGGAUACCAGAAAUAAUGCCGAGCUAUUGCGUAUGACUCUAGAUGAUGAAAGAAAUGUGAAAGACCGUUUCGAAGUUGUUACAGAGUUCAUAGGACGUGGAGGUGCCGAUUCGUCUUAA